CGUUCCAAAGGAUGAAUGUAGGCUUCAGGUCAUUGUUGUUAUAGUGAAGAUGGUUGCUCUGUGUGCUGCAGGGGGAGUUGGUUCCAGUCGAGGGGAGCAAGAAGGGCACAGGCACGAGAGUGGGCGCAGGAUAGCACAGAGAGAGGUGGCAGAGACUGGGAGCAUAGAAGAAGGGAUGGGACAAAGUGGUGAGAAACGAGAGAAGCGAGAUAAGUGGGGGCAAGAUGAACCGAACAGUCCCAACUCGCUACGAUGAAACUCCUUUUUUCAGGUCGUGGUGUAUAAAGAAAACGGCAGAGACGAAUGCUCAGUGCUUCGAGCACAGCAUUUCUACCAAUCAGGGCAGAUCAAUUGUGCAAAGUAAAUAACAACCGACGCUGUGAGCACGACCUGAAGAGGAAUGUAACACAUUGUGUUUAGAAGAAUUCAUUUGCCCUAUAAACUUCAGUAACAAAGAUUCGGGCAUGCCAGGCUUGUGGCAAUAACGACUAUAUAACAAAAAUUCAUCCCGUUUCAAGUACUGAGCCCAUGAUAUGCAUCGAUUGUAAAUGUGUCUAUAAUCGCCCGGUUGUUAACAAAACUGGCAGGCCAAUUACAUUGUAGAGAAGUUUGGGAAAUGUUGUGUUCCUUCUAAUGCAAUCUUAUUGACGCGUUAUUUACAGAUUGUGGAUUUUGUGGUUAUUACAUGGUAAGGCAACAGCAUACUUUCGUGAAUGAAGUAAAAAUAAUUGGCGUUUGUUAAGUGACGCAUUUCAUCCACAGAUCCCACAAAUGCGCGCCGAGAGAUAAACAAAACCUGCAGGCUACACGGUCAGAACUAGGCGGGGGAUAAUAGCGAGUUUACCCACUCAACCACUCACUCACUCAACCCGCUCACUAACCCCAUCUACUCACCCACUCGCUCAGAACCAGGGUAAACGGCCAGAAAAUAGCGGAUAAAGGCCAGUUUACAAAGGUGACUUUUAAAGAUGGACAAAUAUAUCUAAAGAUUCUGAUUGUCUUAUUAGCAAGGGCAAAGCGCUGUUCCAAAGCUGGGGAGCUGCACAGUGACAAAAGCCCGAUCAUCCCACUAAAUGAGCCUUGACCUUUGACGGAUGAGGCCUCUGUAAGAAUUGUUGGCACAACUGUCUCUCUUUAUAAUACAAGCCUUCAAGACAGAUGUUAUUACUAUGGUUAUCUAAUUCACUUCCAUUCCAUACUAUAUUAAGGUCGCAAUAAACCCGAUAGCAUUAAUAUACCAUACAUUCAUGAUGGAUUACAUUUAAGUGUCUACAAAAGUGCCGAAUUCCGAAAGUCAUGACGCAAAUUAACAACGCGACGGUGAAUCUCACCGUGACGAUAAACAGCAGUGUCGUGGUCUCUCAAAUGUUUUACACCAUCUUCCAGAUUGUCAACCUCUUCAUGACGGCCCCUUCUCUGUGUUUAUUUCUCUCUAUCACCGUCACGAUUUUCACCGAAGUGAAGCUGAGGGAGAACUCGCGCUACAUUCUCUUCGCCAGUCUCCUCGCGUGCGACACCUUCUUCUUACUUUGCUCCACUAUCAUGUCUACGUUCAUUUGGCUACAAACAAAUUUAAGUUUGACGUCGUGCAGCGUGAACACCAUGGUCAGCACAAUUCUGAACCAGAGCGGGGUUCUGUGCGUCACGCUCAUGUCCGUGGAGCGAUACGUGGCCAUUUGCCACCCCUUCCAUCACCCCCGCUGCUUCAGCCACCGCAAAACGCUUAAGUUCUUGGCCAUAAUUUGGUCCGUCGCUUCAGUGUUCCCGCUGGCGUGCGGCAUUCUGGUCUUCACAAGUGGCGUGACCGUGAACAACACUCGGACUUGUUCCACGUAUCUCACCGACAGCCUGAUGCCCAACCCCAUGGCAAUCACGGUGCUCAGAGAAUCCCCAAACGUCAUUAUUUUCUCAGUCUGCAUCAUUGCGCUGAUCUUCACCUACUUCAAUAUAAUGAUGGCAGCUAGAAAGGCGUCCGAUGAUGCGUCUAAGGCGAAACGAGCCAAGCAAACUGUGAUAUUACACGGCCUGCAGUUGUUUCUGUAUCUGUGUUCACUUGGUAACAGAUUUUUUGAAAUCCUUUUUGCUAUAAUCACAACAGAUCGUAACAUGAUAACAAUAUUACGGUUAUGUAAUUAUUUAUGUCUUUAUUAUAGCUCAAGGUUUGUUGUUCCCUUAAUUUAUGGAAUACGUGAUAAAAAACUUAGGCAGUGUCUUAGGAAGAAGAUCACCUGUCACUACAAUAGGGUGAAUACAUUUUAAACUGCAUGCAACAAGAUGGACGUGAAUAUUACCAUUCGUGUCAUUAAAUGCUUUUAAAAUUGUAUUUAGUUCAAAUGUCUAAAUAUUCGUCUUCGUUUUAAAUGUAUGUAUGUAUGCUAAACUUCUUUGACACCGUACAUAACCAGCCUCGCUAAUCAGAGGUGCGGGGAAGGACAACAACCUAAACACAAACAGCAGUUCUACAGAAAUUAGUUUUCAAUCAAAAAAUAAGUUUUUAAUCCAGAAAUUACUUUUCAAAUAAGAUGUUCUUAGGCUGAUGUGCUCAUCAAAUAUAUCAAUAUAUUCAUAUGAAGGAGACUAACGUAGUUUAAUUGAGGUACUUUAUGGUAAUAUUGUAAUAUCGUAUAGUCAUAGGCAAAUGGUUGAUGUGAAUAAAAACAAAUAAUUGUGAAAUUGCCUUUCCCUCCCUUUGUGCGGUAAAUGCCUUUUGAAAAAAGUGCGUACAGACAGGAGACUCUCGAUUAUCCACAUGCGAUUCAUCCGAUUUGCUGAUUGACUGCGCACCUGAGAUUUUAACAUAAAUUCGUAACUCAUGGAUUUUCCGUGAAACCCAAAUUAAUCAUAUGAAAACAAAGCUUUCGUGACUGCAGGGAUUCAUAU